AUGCCCUUCCCUCAGGACCGCCUGGACCUCCCUCUCGACGCCCUCAUCGCCGAAUCCAAGCAACAACGCCGUCACAACAGCCACGCUCACCAGCCACGAGGGCAUAACGGUCAUUUCGGCGGCGGAGGCUCCACCUCAGGCCCCUCUCGUCGGCCGAUGAACCGCAACGCCUACAGAACGGCGCCGUAUCCCACUCUGCCGGAAAUGCAAGGACAGCCUGGACCCAGAAGGAUUGAGCUACCAUUGGCUUUGAGCCAAGCGAUGAACAGUGAGGGAAGCACCAAGCUUUAUAUAUCUAACUUGGACUAUGAUGUUACCAAUCGAGAUAUAGAAUUGCUCUUCUCUGAGGUUGGUGAAUUGGAAAGGCACUCAAUCCAUUAUGAUAAAAGUGGAAGAUCUAAGGGAACAGCUGAAGUUGUCUAUAAGCACUAUUCAGAUGCUCUAGCAGCAAUCGAGAGAUACAACAAUCAGCAUCUUGAUGGAAAGAAAGUGGAAAUUAAGCUUGUGGGACUCAAUGUUGUUUCUCCUGUUCCUCUGCUUCUGCCUCCAAAUACAAAUUUCAUGCAAGAACAUCCAACUCCCGUCUUCCAGAGGCUAGGAAGAGCUGGUUCAAGGGGAUCGUUUCAUGGUCAUGGUGGUGUUGGACUUGAAAGAGGCUGUGGACAGGUGAGAAAUGGUGGUCCGAAGGUUACUACAGAAUCUCAGCAAUGGAAGAAUGUGACUGCAGAAAAUCAGCAAAGGAAGAAUGUGAUUACAGAAUCUGUUAAAAGGAAGAAAACAUUUUAUGGAGAUACAACUGUGACUUUUGAUGAUCUGGAUGCUGAUUUGGAAAAAUACCGCCUAAAAUGUAGGCCGGUAAAUUGAAA